UAUCAAAUGAACGGCCCAAUUUGAAAGAAACCUUCAAUCUCCCACCUUAUUAUGCUUCUUGUGUUCAAUGUAUCACUUUAUGGACAUUAAAAAUAUUUUCUAUAUAAAUACAAGAUCAAAAUAGGUUAACACAAACAAAUCAUACACACAACAUGGCUUCCCAUCUUAAAGGUGUGAAAAAAACAACAAUGACAGACGAGAUUCAAAGAGCAUUAUGCAAGCACAACAAGGAUAAUCUAAGUCUCACUCAAAAGCAAUUGCAAGAAUGGGUUCAUAGUAACUAUGGUUUGCAGGUGAGUCAAGCGACAAUAUCGAAUACAGUUAAGCGGUAUUUAGAGUAUCUCUCACUUGCUCCCGAAAGAGGCGAUGUUAAGUGUCACAAACCGGCAAAAUUUCCUGACCUAGAAAAAUCUCUCUAUGAAUGGAUUCUUCAAUAUCAUGAAAGAUAUGUAUCCACAAGAUAUGGAAUUAAAAAUUUCCGGCGUUGUGGAGAGAGUGGAUCUGUUGAAAUGGAGGGCAUGGAGGACAAAUUAAAAUCCAUAAGAGACAAAGUUGAUCAGUUUGAAAUGAAAGACAUCUUUAAUAUGGAUGAAACAAGUUUGUUUUUUAGACUUCAACCGGAUCAUUCCCUUGCAACAAUGCAGCUUGAAGGGAAAAAACAAGACAAGGAAAGACUAACUGUUGCUAUUUGCUAUAAUGAGGACGGUUCUGAAAAACUUCCUUUAUGGAUUAUUGGGAAAUAUGCUAAACCAAGGUGCUUCAAGAAUGUAAACUUGAACAUUCUGAAUGUUGAAAGUAUGGUCUGA